AUCAUAAACAAUGACGUCUUACAAAACAAAUGAGAAUUAAUGAGUAUGGCAACGAACCCUGCCGAUACUUUUGAGAAGUUUGUAUAGAUUGCGUUGCAAGUUAUUGAACAGAUAACGUUAGGCUACGUGUGCCUUUCCCCUCACGUUUUCAGUAGGUCAGAGGACUGGACAGCUUCUUUCCUAAAUCAGACGGGAGGAGUCAAGCGUGGACCACAAUGCUGUCUACUCUAUCACACAAAAACCUCACGUCUGAAUAGCUACACCGCCGUCUUUAUUCCAGUAAAUAUAGUGCCAUGCUUGGACGCAUCCAAUAUGACUGACUAGCUAGCUGAACAACUAAGUGAUAUAGGAGAAGAAGCAUGCUGAAAAUCAGGAUGUGUCUGACAACAUUUGGGUUAUUUCUGGUCUUGAGUGUUGCCAUCACUAAAGCUAUUGAAUGCAGCGCAGGGUGCAAUCCUGAAAACGGCUACUGUGAAAAGCCUGAGGAAUGCAGAUGCAAACCAGGCUGGCAGGGUGUAACAUGCAAGCAGUGCAUGCCCUUCCCUGGCUGUCUUCAUGGCAGCUGUGAGAAAGCAUGGCAGUGCAUCUGUGAAGAGGGCUGGAUGGGGAGCCAGUGUGACCAAGACACCAACAAGUGCUCAUCUAAACCAUGCACUGAUAACUCCACAUGCAUCCAGACUGGCCAGGGAGGAUACCUCUGCAUUUGUCUGCCUGGUUACACAGGAGAGAGCUGCCACCUGAAAAGGGGAUCAUGUCUAACAAACGGCUCUCCCUGCCAAAAUGGUGGCACCUGCUCCGAUGCCGGUGGCUUGGCAGCCUACCCUUCCUGCGCUUGUCCCCUCGGAUUCGCUGGAGACUUCUGUGAGAUUGACACGGACAGCUGUGAUCCCAACCCCUGCCUCAAUGGGGGCAACUGCACCGACUACGGUCCUGCGUUCACCUGCGCCUGCCCCGCGGGCUUCAACGGCCCCACCUGUAACAACACCCAUGUGGACCCCCUCUCCCCCUGUGCUAGUUCCCCCUGUGGGAACGGGGGCACCUGCAUGGUGGGGAGCCAAAAGAACAGGGCUGGGAUGUACCAUUGUCUGUGCCUCCCAGGGUGCACUUUCACUGGGCAUGAAUGUACACCGACCCAGCAGCCACACAGGCCCAAAGCCAAACUCAGGCUGGCCAAACUCUCCCCAUCACACUACAGCCUGCCUGCCCACGCCUUCCAUAAACUACUAAGGCCCCCCGAGAGGGACCUUCUCAAGAUCAGCCUGAAGGAGACGGUUCACUCGGCCUCCGCCGCCAGCCUGGUCACCCGCAGUCAGCUCAUCUGUUUCGGGAUGCUGGGCCUGCUCACCUGCCUGGUGAUCCUGGGAACCACAGGUAUUAUCUUCUUCAACCGCUGCGAGACGUGGAUGGCCAACGCCAAGUAUAGCCAUCUGGUGCGCCAGCAGAGAGAGCAUCUGUUGAGAGCCAAUAACAGCGAGGAUGAGGGGGACCACUCUGUCAACAUCAUCCUCCCUGAGAAGAUCAAGCUCACCAGCUUUGGGAAACAUUAUACGUCAAUCUGACAUGUGGGUAUUUUGACUGCCCGUCUGCAUAAGGAGUGUGUUUGAGUGUGCAAGGACACCUACAAAACAAAUGGAGAAGGUCAUGGAUUUAGAUAGAUUUUAAAGAGAAAACUGAGGCUCCCUCUCUGAAAAAUGCACUUAUUCUGUUCUAAUGUGAUCCACUGUAUGUGGAACUUUCCUCGAGUAAGAGGAUUGAUGCUAAGAUGUACAGGCACUAUGCCUGGAGAAGAAGGACAAUAAUGUAUGCCUGCCUAAUUUUCAGGACAUCCACAAGCUGUCGUUUUAUCUCUUUCAGAUGUUAACUUAUAACAUAAAAGUGCUUAUAAAGCAAAAUAAUAUUUUUUAAAGCAAAAUAACCAAAACAGCUAAUUUUGAUUCUUCGAAGCUUUUGAUCUGAACUAAUUCAAUGUUUUACUUUCCACUUUUAUACUGUAGUUAAUUAUGCAUCAAAUCGUGUACAAAUGUCAGACUUUAAGUCAAUUACAGUGAUUAUCAUAAAGCCUCAAGUUUAUCAUUUUAUUAGAAAAUUCUAUUGUAGAUAUGCUGAUAUUUUGAACUAGAACCAGUCAGUGAUUUUGAUGGUUAGAUUCUAUUAGUAUUCAGAUUGCUGUUCGUAUUUGUCUUCUACAUAUUGUUGUUAGUGGAUAGGAUACAUCUGCUUUUACAGUAUUCAAGUGAACCACAACUUUGCAUUUAUACUGCUUUUUAGUUUUUGAUUGAAUCUAAAAAUUAAUUAAUCAAAAAAAGCUGUCUGGAAAUAUCAGCAAGUAUUGUCCAUCUGUAAUGAGCAUAACACAAUUGUUACACACCACCAGUAGUAGAUGUUAUAGUACUUAUUCAUCCCAUUUUAUGUCUAAUUAGUAUUAUUUUAAAGCACCAAUUAAUUAAACUCUAUGAUUCAGCAAGUGUAUUUACAAAUAUUAAUGUGACUGCAAACUCCUGCUUUGAACAAAACUCCAUCCAAUUUCUGGUAAGAUUUCAUACCAAAACACAAUCAUCGACCCCUGCAGUUUGUUUGAGGGCAAAAUAGGAUUAAAAUGUGGGUGGCUUUAAUUUUCUUUUCCAGGCCAAGAAAAUGUGGGUUGGAGCCAUUAAUCACUGGAUAUGUCAACAACAAAAAUAGGAUGUUGUGUUUGUGUGGUUGGGGCCCCAGUAGGAAGUUGGGUACCCAAUUUUCACUCUCUACAGUAUUCUGCCACAUGUCAUUUCAAACCAUAAACAUUGUAGAAAACACUAGCGAGCAGUUUGGAUUUUGUACUCGUAUUGGUAACAUUCGGGUUAGUUUUAACCCACCAGGCAAAGACCUGACUUCAACAUUAAAUCAACAUCCAUAUUUAGUUUUAACCCACCGGGCAAAGACCUGACUUCAACAUUAAAUCAACAUCCAUUUUUAGUUUUAACUAUGUGUAAUUAAACUUGAUUUCACCUUGAAAUGCUGUCAUUGAUUUGUGUUUGAAAAAUAGGUAAAAAUGUUGACAAAACAUUAAUAAAAACAUUGAUAGGUCUUUCAUAGAAUGGUAAUUCGGUGUUUUUGCCAGAUGUGAAAGGGCCUCUUAUCCAUCCUCACUCAGUACAUGUUACAUUGCUAUGUGAAAGGGCCCCUUAUCCAUCCUCAGUACAUGUUACAGUGCUAUGUGCUAUGUGAAAGGGCCCCUUAUCCAUCCUCAGUACAUGUUACAUUGCUAUGUGCUAUGGGAAAGGGCCCCUUAUCCAUCCUCAGUACAUGUUACAUUGCUAUGUGCUAUGGGAAAGGGCCCCUUAUCCAUCCUCAGUACAUGUUACAGUGCUAUGGGAAAGGGCCCCUUAUCCAUCUUCAGUACAUGUUGCAUUGCUAUGGGAAAGGGCCCCUUAUCCAUCCUCAGUACAUGUUACAUUGCUAUGUGCUAUGGGAAAGGCCCCCUUAUCCAUCUUCAGUACAUGUUGCAUUGCUAUGGGAAAGGGCCCCUUAUCCAUCCUCAGUACAUGUUACAUUGCUAUGUGCUAUGGGAAAGGGCCCCUUAUCCAUCCUCAGUACAUGUUACAUUGCUAUGGGAAAGGGCCCCUUAUCCAUCCUCAGUACAUGUUACAGUGCUAUGUGCUAUGGGAAAGGGCCCCUUAUCCAUCCUCAGUACAUGUUACAUUGCUAUGUGCUAUGGGAAAGGGCCCCUUAUCCAUCCUCAGUACAUGUUACAUUGCUAUGGGAAAGGGCCCCUUAUCCAUCCUCAGUACAUGUUACAUUGCUAUGUGCUAUGGGAAAGGGCCCCUUAUCCUUCUUCAGUACAUGUUGCAUUGCUAUGGGAAAGGGCCCCUUAUCCAUCCUCAGUACAUGUUACAUUGCUAUGUGAAAGGGACCCUUAUCCAUCCUCAGUACAUGUUACAUUGCUAUGGGAAAGGGCCCCUUAUCCAUCUUCAGUACAUGUUACAUUGCUAUGGGAAAGGGCCCCUUAUCCAUCCUCAGUACAUGUUACAUUGCUAUGUGAAAGGGCCCCUUAUCCAUCCUCAGUACAUGUUACAGUGCUAUGGGAAAGGGCCCCUUAUCCAUCCUCAGUACAUGUUACAUUGCUAUGGGAAAGGGCCCCUUAUCCAUCCUCAGUACAUGUUACAGUGCUAUGGGAAAGGGCCCCUUAUCCAUCCUCAGUACAUGUUACAGUGCUAUGGGAAAGGGCCCCUUAUCCAUCCUCAGUACAUGUUACAGUGCUAUGUGCUUUUACUGUGAUUUGGUAGAAUAUUGCUUUUUGUGUUUUUCUUGAUCUUUGCUAAUAAAAAUAUAAACCAGU